AUGGAAGCUUGUUUGCUCUCCUCAAAUUCCUUUACAAAGACCUUUGAAGUUCUUCCUUCAAUCAAAGGAAGAAUUUCAAGAAAAAAUCUCAAUCAACAUCAGUGCAGAAAAUCUUGGAAUCCAUUUUCUAUAGCAUAUUGUCAAUCGGGUUCAUCAUCCUCUUCUCAAGAUGAGCCAAAGCCUUAUAUUUAUGCCGAUUGGAGAGCAUUCAGAGCGAGACUAAUCGCCAAAGAUCAAGCCUUAAAGCGAGUAGAUCCUUCGUUACGGGUUGAUCAAGACACCAUUGGAGACCAAUGGGCCCAUACCAUCCACGAACCCGAAAAAGGUUGCCUAUUAAUUGCCACAGAAAAGCAAAAUGGGGUCCAUAUUUUCCACAAGACAGCGAUCCUUCUCUUAUCAAUCGGCCCAAUAAGCGCAACUGGUGUUAUACUCAACAAGCCAUUACUCUUGUCCAUUAAAGAAAUGGGCUUAUCGGCACUCGAUGUGUCAAGUACUUUUUCCAAUGGGAACAAUACAUAG